GAUCUAAAUGGAGUAACACCUCUCCACGUAGCAGCUGCCGUUGGUUGGCGUGAUGGUGCAGCUAUACUUGUAAAUAGAGGAGCAAAUCCAAUGGUUGCUGAUGACCGAGGUUUGACACCAAUUGACUGGGCUGCCGCUUACAAUAAGCUGGAUGUCUUGAAUGUAUUGUUAUCUACCUCAACAAAAUCAACACCUACCAGCCCGGAUUCUGCUCUUGGAAGCAUUGGCACUACCUCAUCUCCUUAUAACACGUCCGCAGAAACAGUUUCUGGAUUACUGCGUAAGUUUUAA